CCCUACUCUUCCUUCUCUUCUGCUGGUCUCGGGUUCCAAGGCUUCUCCCUUUCCUGACCGGAUUCUACCCCGCGCUGCAUCCUGUUUCAUCCCCCCAUUGCCCGUGAUUCGCGCGCUCUCAGACGGCAAUGCUUCUUUCCCAAACCCGGGGGCGUAUGCCCUCCGCUCUGCGGAGCAUCGCUAAGCGCUCUGUGCUGAACAGUCGCCCUCUGUCCACGACCCUCCCGAGACAGCAGAACGCCAGCGAUGACGCCAAUGCCGGCCUCAACAAGGUCUCCCGCCAUAUCACCCAGCCCAUCUCGCAGGGUGCCUCCCAGGCCAUGCUGUACGCGGCUGGUCUCACCGAGGCGGACAUGAACAAGGCCCAAGUCGGUAUCUCAUCCGUGUGGUACAAUGGCAACCCUUGCAACAUGCACCUGCUCGACCUCAACAACCGCGUCCGUGAGGGUGUCCAGAAGGCCGGCUUGGUCGGCUUCCAGUUCAACACGGUCGGUGUCAGUGAUGCCAUCAGCAUGGGUACCAAGGGAAUGAGAUUCUCUCUCCAGAGUCGUGAUCUGAUUGCCGACUCCAUCGAGACCGUGAUGGGUGGUCAGUGGUAUGACGCCAACAUCAGCAUUCCCGGGUGUGACAAGAACAUGCCCGGUGUCUUGAUGGCCAUGGGAAGAGUGAACCGGCCCAGUUUGAUGGUGUACGGCGGUACCAUCAAGCCCGGCUGCGCCUCCCUCCAGGGUAACGCCGACAUUGAUAUCGUCUCCGCUUUCCAGGCGUACGGCCAAUACAUCAGCAAGGAGAUUACCGAGCCCCAGCGGUUUGACAUUAUCCGGAACGCCUGCCCGGGAGGUGGCGCCUGCGGCGGUAUGUACACGGCCAACACUAUGGCCACGGCCAUUGAAGUCAUGGGUAUGACUCUGCCUGGAUCUUCUUCCAACCCCGCCGAGUCUCAGGCCAAAUACGACGAAUGUAUUGCCGCUGGUGAGGCGAUCAAGACCCUGCUCAAGGAGGACAUCCGUCCCUCCGAUAUCCUGACGCGCCAGGCCUUCGAGAACGCUAUGAUCCUGGUCAACAUCACCGGUGGAUCCACCAACGCGGUUCUUCACCUGAUCGCUAUCGCCGACUCCGUUGGCAUCAAGCUGGACAUCGAAGACUUCCAGUCCGUCUCGGAUCGCGUGCCUUUCCUGGCUGACCUCAAGCCUUCCGGCAAGUACGUGAUGGCCGAUCUCCACACCAUUGGUGGUACUCCUUCCCUGCUCAAGUUCCUGCUGAAGGAGGGUCUUAUCGAUGGCUCUGGUAUGACCGUCACCGGUCAGACCCUGGCCAAGAACUUGGAGAACGUGCCCGAUUUCCCCGAGGAUCAGAAGAUCAUUCGCCCCUUGUCCAACCCGAUCAAGGAGACUGGUCACAUUCAGAUUCUGCGCGGUUCCCUGGCCCCGGGUGGCAGUGUUGGUAAGAUCACCGGUAAGGAGGGGAUGGCUUUCACUGGAAAGGCUCGUGUCUUUGACGAUGAGGAUGAUUUCAUCACCGCGCUCGAGAAGAACGAAAUCAAGAAGGAGGAUAAGACCGUUGUGGUUAUCCGCUACACUGGACCCAAGGGAGGUCCCGGCAUGCCCGAGAUGCUGAAGCCCUCUUCGGCUCUGAUGGGUGCUGGUCUCGGAAAGUCCUGUGCCCUGAUCACCGACGGACGUUUCUCCGGUGGUUCUCACGGAUUCCUGAUCGGACACAUCGUCCCCGAGGCCGCCGUCGGAGGCCCCAUUGGCCUGGUCAAGGAUGGUGAUGUUAUCACCAUCGACGCUUCUAAGCGCGUUCUUGACCUCGAUGUCGACGAGACCGAGCUUGCAGAGAGAAGAAAGCAGUGGGAAGCCGACCGGGAUGCUGGCAAGCUCCCCCCCACUGGCCUGACUCUCAGAGGAACUCUCGGCAAGUAUGCUAGAACCGUCAAGGAUGCCAGCCACGGCUGUAUUACCGACUCUCUCGAGUAGAGUGUAGAGACAUUCGUUCUCUUGUACCCUUUGUUGCAUCUAUAAUACUUUUCAAAGUCAGCUCUGUCUUAUUUUACGGUUCUCUUUUUCGGUUUCUCGGUCUGGGAUGGGUUUGGGUCGAUUGAGUCUGGAACCCCUACUGUUUUAUAUAGGCGAAUUUCAAGAAUAAAAGCG